CGCUCGAAUUGACUGGUUCCCCUCCAGCCAAUAGCACAAUUGAUUUUUUUUCACCGUGGUCACACUGGGUCAACUUGUUCAUCAACAAACAACAUGGUGUGAGUAGUAAGUCGAACUUUUGAGAAGAUUCUCGUCAUUUCAAACGAAAAUAUUAAAUAAUAUAACUAAAGGCCAGCAGGGCCCAGGAUAGAUACCGUAAACCAUGACUUCAAGGAGAGAUCGAGGGCAACAACCUAACAAUUUAUCUGGUGUGCUACAGCUUGCAGUUGAAAAUACAGUCCCAGGAGAUGUACCAAAUGAGAGGGAAGAAAUGUCAGAAGAGAGAACAGAGUUUUUGAGAAAUGUUUUCAACGAUCUAUAUUGUGAUGAAGCGAAAGAAAUGAAGAAAACUGUUGAUAACAUUAAACCAUUACUUGGCAGUGCGGAUGAAAAUGAUACUACUGUGAAAGUAGCGUGUUUAGAGCAACUACAAGAAUUGUGCCAAACCAUCGACAAUGCAAGUGAUUUUCAUAAGAUUGGUGGAACUGAAAUUCUAAAAGACCUACUAGCAGACCCCAACUCAGAAGUACAAUGGAACACAGCAGAAUUGAUCGCCAUGGUAUCACAAAACAAUCCCUAUAGCCAAACUGUGCUUCUUAACCACAAAAUUAUGCCACUAUUGUUCAAGCUGGUAGACAGAGAUGAGGCCAGCAUUGUCAAGAUCAAAGCCCUCUAUGCACUCUCAUGUAUGGUACGAGAUCAUAAGCAGUGUUUAGAGGAGUUCAGUGAACUUGACGGAUUUUCUUACCUUGUACGAGCAAUGCAAGGAAGUUUAACAAAGCUACGCAUCAAGGCGUCAUUCCUCCUCAACGCGAUACUCAGAAUGGAUCCAAAACACAAAGAUGUGGUACAGAAGAUGGGCGUGGUAGAACAGCUGGUCAGGAUGCUGCAGACUGAGCAUGACAACACACAUGAGUAUUUGAUGCUGACCUUGUUGACCCUGGUUCAAGAUCAUGAGCCUGCCCAAUCAGAUGCAAGAACACCAGAUUUAAAUUUACAUAAACUUUUGAAGGAUAGACAAAAGAUGUUAAAAGGAAAAGAAGAAUUUCAGGAAGAAUUGGAGUACAGUACUGAACUUUUUAAACUUUUAUUUAGCACAGAAAAAGUAUGUGUUGACAGAUAGCCAAUGUGAAGGACUGAAUACAAUUUAACAAUAUUAUAGUCAACCAGGUCUACGUACAGUAUCAUGGCAAAACAAAGACAGCUCCAGUAAGUUUGUUUUGGCAGGAGCCCUCUACAGACAUAUAUACAAGAUUGAUGAAAAAUGCAGUUUUGUUUUUUAAUUCAUUGCUACUCCCACCAUCUGUUGGAAUAUUUCAAGGCUGCCUGGCCCACUUUUGAAAUACCCAGAGACUCGCUACAUUUGAAUGUCUCAGCAGAUGUGAUUCUAUGGAGAACACAACAUUAGACGAUUUUAAUGACAAUUUUUUCAAACUGCCACCAACAAUCAACAGACAGUAUCUCAUUGCCUAGCACGCACAGGGAGCAGAGUCGUACAUCAGUCAUAUACCCGGCUUUAGACGAAAGUCAAUCAAUAAUAGUAUUAAGCCGAGUUGUUGCACCAAUUGUAGUUCAGAUCCCUUGCUGUGAAUUUGGUUUUAUCUGUGCUUGUCUCCCUUCACCCAGGAUUCCAAAGCUGGAAGAAGCUACUAGUGGGAGCUUUCUAAACAAAUCUUAUUGUAUUUCGUUGCACAUGGUGAUGCCCUUGGCUAGCUAACUUAAAAAAACAAAAAGUACUGUAAUACAGGUAAGACCCUGUGGGAGAACAGCAGAUAUGCUACUGAACAGAUUUUCCCAGUGUAAAGAAGAAAUAAAAAUAAAGAAAGAAAUGAUCUGCAAUUGAGAAGUCUUGCUAAUGUAGAAAGGGUAGGCCUAAAAAAUAAAUAUUUUUCUGGCAAGAAACUACUAGCUUUGGUCUAUUUUUCACGUCUCUAAAAUGUGCUCUGUUUAUAAAUGCUUAUAUCAGCAGACAUUCCAGGGGCUUCCAUCAAGAAUUUAAAUGAUGAAGUUACAAAUAAAAAUGCUGUAUAACGUUUCACGCUAAUGACGAUGUAUGUAACAAUAUAAAAGAUAUAGAAUA